AUGUAUUCUUUAUUUUUCAGGGAGAAAAGGAAAACUGUGCUGGUGCAUAGGCGAUUCGAAAUUGCGAGGAAUGUUUCAUCUCUUCCGCGGAAUAAAAAGGAGCUCGAGAGGUUAUAUACUGCUAAACUGGCUUUUCAGUUCCAUUUGCAUAUUUAUCCAAAAGGUCAUUAUAUCCCACACAUUGAAAAAUGGUUUCGAGAGCCAGAAAAUUUUACUACUGCAACGGUUGCUGAGGAACACGAGUACUUGAAUGCCGAUUGGGAGCCACAGUUUGUUGCAGACGAAUCGGUACCACUGCACGAUGAGCGUUUCCCUCUGCGAAUGCGAUCGAAUACACAUUUGGGCAGCUUAUUGUGCCGAAAAGGAUACACUUUCACAGUAGUCAACGACUUAUUCUCGGUGCACUGGGACAUCAAAAGAAAAGAACCCAAAGAAAAUGUGUACUUGAAAAGAGCUGCUGUGCGAAACGGAUAUCGACAGACUGUGAAAUCCUUUCGUGCGAUGCUGGAUAUGUUAUACCCGGAAACCAAGGAUAAAUGUCCAUUUCCGAAACUGAAUUAG